AUGUCCGGAGACAACAACCGCCCGGCCUGGCACAAGACCCUCGACGAGUCAUUGUACACUCCUGAUGAAGAGGAGAAGGCGUUCAUGAAGGCUACUACCGGAAUUCAAGACGACGAGGAGCUCAAGCGACACAUCAUAGCCGUACAGACCAGGGCUUUCUCCGCCCACAAGUAUCCGUGCAUCCGCAUGUUCGAGUUCAUGAGGCUCAAGAUAGCUCGGCUCCCUGCUUAUCCUCAGUUCCUGCAGUUGGGAAAGGACCGCAAGGACGCGAUCUUCCUCGAUAUGGGUACUUGCUUCGGGAAUGACGUCCGUAAGGCUGUAGUAGACGGUUGGCCUGUCGAGAACGCCAUUGCCUCCGACCUCCAUCCCGCACUCUGGGAGUUCGGCCACGAGCUCUUCCGCUCCACCCCCGCCACCUUCCCCGUCCCACUCCUCCAAGGCGACAUCCUCAACCCGGCCUUCCUCGCCCCCGCGCCCCUCCUCCCGACGUCCCCAGACCCGCCCUCCACGCCCGCGCCCGCGCUCGCCUCCGUCACCUCGCUCACCGCCCUGCACGGCCGCGUCUCCGCCGUCUUCCUCGGCGCCUUCUUCCACCUCUUCACCUACGACCAGCAGACCGCGAUCGCGCGCCUCCUCAUGGGCCUCCUCGCGCCGCACCCCGGCGCGAUGCUCUUCGGCGUGCAGGGCGGCAAGGCCGAGAAGGCGCUCUGGUGCCCCGCGCCGGGCACGCGCAUGAACUGCCACUGCCCCGACAGCUGGCGCGAGAUGUGGGAGGGCCUCUUCGCCGACGCCGGCGGACGCUGCGAGGUCCGCGCGCGGCUCCGCGCGGACAUCGGCGGGCAGACGCUGUUCGGGACGUACCCGGACAACACCGACGCGCCGUUCCAUGUACUCGAGUGGUCCGUCACUCGCCUGUGA